UAUCUUCAAAGCGUUUUAUUGUUGUUGUAACAUGCCGCCAUAAGUUCAACGCAAAAAAUCAGUUUGCCUCUUACCUUACAGCUUGUCACACUUGCUCCCAAACUUGUUUUCACUCACCCUGCGGCCGCACUCUCGCCACAUCAAAAAGCCCCGAUCCGUCCUCAAGCUUACAUCUGUUAAUCACGUUCGCCAGGUUGGACUACAGUCUGACAUAACACAGUACCGGUACUAAAGAUACACCGAGAAAUGGCGAUCCAGUGGAAAGCUCCCGAGACUAAAGACCGCCUCAUCGCGGCUCUUAUUGCUGCGUCGCCAAACAUCAAUAUGAACGAGAUUGCUAGAAUGUUCGGGCAAGGUGCCACUUACGACGCUGUCGAAGGCCAGCUGCGCAAGGCCAAGAUCCUUGCCAAAGAACUCACCGAGGAAGCAAAGGAUCGUCCGGCUCCUGCCAAGGCUCUUUCAAGGAUGAAGAGCACCGCGAGCGUCAAGAGUCCUGUCAACGGUGCUCGGGUCACCAAAGCCAAGAAGCCAACCAAAAUCAAGGCUGAAGAAUCGGUAGAGCGACGCAUGCUUGAUGCACUUCACGAUGACGCUGGCAGCGACGACGAAGAACAGGAGAUUUGAGGCUGGCCGUACCGGGUGUCGUGGUCAGAGUUGGUAGAGAUCUUAGCAGAAGCUCGCGUCCUAGCAAUGUCAGCCUUGGUCGUCCAUCACUUCUUGAAUGCUAAGGGGACUCUUGAAAUACGAUGAAAAGUGUCAGACGUGUCUGUCUUAUUGUUUGCACCCUAUGUCAGUGCGGGCUUUAGUAUGACGUGCCUGUAGCUCAUCGAUGCAUUGAUGCUUAUCGUUACAAGCUCUCCUACAAGCCCGAAAAGUCCCGUC